AUGCCAAGUUUUGGAUCUUUUCCUCAUUCGUUUCCCAGCAAUAAACUCGGUGGAGCAUCAAAAAAUGCACCCCAACUUUCUACGCCUGGUGGAGAAAAUCAGAUGAAAGCACCACCCAAUCCAGCAGAAGCUAUGCUGCCGCAUAAUAAAGCAACGAAUCAACAAGCUACAAAUACAAAUACUACAUCAGAACCUACACAACCAACAACAGCCUCACCACAGAAAACUUCUGUGUCAACCACUUCGAAUGCACCUAAACCUUCGG